AUGGCUCAAAUCUUCAAGCACGAAGAGCUCCCGAUCCCAAUUCACGACAGCCUGGAUCCUGUCUAUGGCGACUCUUCCCAACUCGAAGAGGCGCAGCUUCGUUUCCACACUUUGAAGUCCAAGUUUCAACAGGUCUUCGGUCACGCCCCUCAACUGUUCGCUCGCUCUCCAGGGAGAGUGAACUUGAUCGGAGAGCAUAUAGACUAUGAGGGCUAUUCGGUGUUGCCGAUGGCGAUACGACAGGACACCAUUGUCGCAAUUCGGAGGCACGACGAGGUAGAGGCCGAGAAGGUUCUCAGAAUUGCCAAUGUCAACGAUAAGUACCAAAUAUGUACUUAUCCCGCUGACCCUAACCAGGAAAUUGACUUGAAGAAUCACAAAUGGGGCCAUUACUUCAUUUGUGGGUACAAAGGUUUUUAUGAGUACGCCAAAUCCAAAGUAGCAAAUUUUGGCGCACCAGUUGGACUUGAUGUUCUUGUUGAUGGAACAGUUCCUGCAGGGUCUGGACUAUCAAGCUCUGCGGCAUUAGUUUGUGCUUCUACUAUUGCUAUAAUGGCUGCUUUUGAUGUGAAUUUUCCCAAGAAAGAAGUUGCCCAACUUACAUGCAACUGUGAGCGACACAUUGGUACACAAUCUGGUGGAAUGGAUCAGGCAAUCUCAGUGAUGGCGAAGACUGGAUUUGCAGAGCUAAUUGAUUUCAAUCCUAUACGCGCUACUGAUGUGCGACUUCCAGACGGUGGAACUUUUGUUGUAGCCCAUUCCUUAGCAGAAUCUCAGAAAGCAGUAACUGCAGCAAUAAAUUACAAUAACAGAGUUGUUGAAUGUCGUCUAGCUUCUAUUUUGCUGGGUAUAAAUUUGGGGAUGAAACCGCAAGAGGCAAUUUCAAAAGCCAAAACUCUUUCUGAUGUUGAAGGGUUGUGCAUAUCAUUUGCUAGUACUCGCGGGUCUUCAGAUCCUGCCCUUGCUGUAAAGGAGUAUUUAAAAGAAGAACCUUAUACAUCUACUGAAAUAGAGAAAAUCCUUGGGGAAAGUCUACCAUCUAUCUUCGCAACUUCUCCAUCUUCUUUGAAUGUGUUGAAUGCUGCUAAGCACUUCAAGUUAUAUCAGAGAGCCUCCCAUGUCUACUCUGAAGCCAAGCGGGUACAUGCUUUCAAGGAGGCUGUAUCAUCAAAUUUAAGUGAUGAGGAUAAGCUAAAGAACCUUGGCGAUCUUAUGAAUGGGAGCCACUAUAGCUGUAGUGUGUUAUAUGAGUGCAGCUGUCCGGAGUUGGAAGAACUCGUAAAUAUUUGUCGGGAGAAUGGGGCUCUUGGGGCAAGGCUUACAGGAGCUGGAUGGGGUGGCUGUGCUGUUGCUUUGGUAAAGGAUAGUAUUGUCCCAGAGUUUAUCCUUAACUUAAAGGAACGGUUCUACCAGUCACGGAUCGACAGAGGUGUCAUAAACAAUAACGAUCUCGGCCUAUAUGUUUUCGCUUCCAAGCCAUCGAGUGGAGCUGCUAUUUUCAAGCUUUAG